AUGGACCCAUUCCAUUCAUGCGAAAUCGGCAUGGUUUGGCUAGUCGGCGUCGCAGCCGGCGCGAUGGGCGGUGAUCACAGCCACGGCGGAAUGGAGAGUCACGGCCACAUCCACGGUGGAAUGGAGGGAGACACGGGCCAGCACAGCCAAAACGCGGGAAUGGCCUCGAUGUACUGUGGCGCGACCGACUGCCCCUCGUCGGUGAAGCUUAUUGCAGACGCGGUCGCAAUGCACGCCGGGACAGACGCUUCUCACACAGGCAUGGCGAUCCGGUUCAGCUGCGACAACGCUGUCGACCUUGCCCGUGGGAUGGCACCGCACCACUCGGGAGCAGUGCAAAUGUGUCAGACCCUGUUUGCCUACACAACCGCAGGCGUGCCGACAGCGGACCACAUGGCGGCGCGCGACCCGGUGCUGCACACGCUCUGCAACAGCAUCGUUGCCACGCAAAACAAGGAGAUUGACUUCCUUGAGCGAUGGCUGGCGGAGCACGCUGGCCCGGCGGGCACGUGCGGCGGCGACGAUGCCGUCGCUCUGCUCGAUACCCACGGCAUGGGAAUGCCGAUGGGGUGCUACGAUUUGAACGGGCGCGAGUGCGUCACCAGUGGUGUCGUCGGUGCCUAUGUCCAAGUGAACGCGGACAUGCACGUGCGGAUGGCUGGCUCGAUGGCCUGCGAUCCCAACCUCGACUUUGUGCACGGCAUGAUCCCGCACCACGUCGGCGCUGUUGAUAUGUGCUCUGUGUACACCGCCUUUCGCGCGCAUGGCAUCGGGGCCAGCGAGCACGUGGAAGUGACGAGCCUGUGCGCCAACAUCACGGCGGCGCAGAAUGCCGAGGUGGCACAGCUCAAGGCAUGGCUAGCGGCGCGUGGGUACGACCCCGACGGUGGAGACUACUCGUGCAUGGGUGCAUCCGCUGGCGCGGACAGCUGUCCGUGCUCGGGCGUCACGCCGUGCAACCACCACGGGACGUGCGAGAGGCGAGUCGCGGCCGGCUCGGCGGGCAAGAGGCCAGAGCAGUGGGUGGACGAGGGUGGCGAGUGCGAGCCGGACGCUCCCGACUGCGUGUCGGCCGCGGCUGCCGUUCCGCACACGUCGCAUAGCGCAGGGACGGUCGGGGAGCACUCGCACGCGGCUGGGGAGCACUCGCCCUCAAUGCGUGCUGGCGCUCGCAAGGAUCCCCACCUCAGCUUCGCGCACGGGGGGCACGCGGACUUUCGCGGCCGAAACGGAGCCUACUACGGCUUCUUCUCCGAGCCCGGUCUCGCCGUUAACGUCAAGGUUGAGGAGGCGUCCUUCUCCAUCAAGCGGGGCGCGCUCACGGUCGACGGGACCUUCCUCACCGAGUUGCACGUGGUGGCGCGCGUGGGCGGCACCAAGCGCAAGUUGUUUCUCGCCUCCUUUUGGGCCUCGGAGCUGAAUGAGAACAACUGGGGCUGGCGCGUCAUCAAUGGCUCGUGCGCCGGCCACGUCUUCCAGCUCGGCAAGGGCGGCUUCCGAAGGUGUGAGGAGCUCGGCAUCGAGGUGGACAUGGCGAGCGCGGCCUUCAGCACCCGCAACUGGACCAUCACCGUGCGAGGCAACCGCGGCCCAAAUCACAGGCUCGACGUGAGCUUUUUGGCCGCGGGCGAUGCCGCUCAGGCACGCCCACAUGGCCUUGUCGGCCAGUCUUUCUCAUCCCUCUCUCCGCGCUACGGGAAGCAAGACGUCUACCCGGCGUCGGGCCACUUUGUCACCAGCGCCCAGGCCGAGGGCGCUAUCGAGGGGACGAGCGAGAUGUACCAGGUGGCCUCGGCGCACGACACGCGCUUUGUCUUCUCGCGCUUCGACGCCGUCGAAGCGCCGUGA